AUGCAUGCGCUGACUGUAGACCCGGAUCAGGUGAAGGUCACCGUCAUGGAUCUGAACAACCAGGAGGUGUUCUUCCACGUGAAGCGCCAUCACAAAGUCAUGAAGCACAAGGUUCUCCAGCGCGAUGCGCUUACCUUUGAAACCAUUCCCAAUGUCCAGGAAGACGAUCUGGAGGAAGGUUUGAAGCUCGAGAUGCGUACCUCCCGUGAGUCGCCUAGGAGGCUCGGCUAA